AUGUUUAUUGAACCUACAAUUAUUGAUAAAUCCUUUCCAUCAGAACAUGUACAUUGUGUCAAUUGUAUUAAAUUAAAUUGUAAACAAGGUGAUUUAUGUCCACUUAUACAUUGUAACUUCUGUGGCGUUCGUUUACAUAAAUGCAAAUUGGAAGAUCAUAUUGAGCACAUUUGUGGAAAGGCCCCCUGCACUUGCCCUAACACAAUUUAUGGCUGCAAUGUUCGACUUCGUCGACAACUUAUUGCCGAACAUAUUGCUUUCUGUUGUGCUUCUUUAGUUUUUUGUCCAUUUGUUCGCAAUCGACAGUUUUACUCUGCAAAAGCUAAAAAAUUGUUAAAAAGAAUUGCCAGGACUGGAGAAAAAAUAUUUCCCGAAAAUGAGAAAACAAUGGAGGAAUUAAAUGAACUUGAAGUCCCAGACAUUGCAAUUGCUUUAAUUGAUCAGAAAAUUCUAACAAAAUUCUUCCAAAUUCCACGUAAAAAACGUUCUACUCUUCGCCCUACCGCAAUCGCAAUGGAUUUCAUCAAACAAAAUUCUUUAGUAAUAAAUAAAUAUAAAAAUCGGCAAAAUGAAGUAGUAAGUGAAGCGCCGUUGGAAGACAAAAAUUUCUACAAAAGAAAAUUUAGUUUAAAUGAACCAGAUUCCGAUUAUUUUGACAGCAGUGAUGAAGAAAAACAAGAAAUUGAAAUCAAAAACAAAAAAAUUUGUGAGCCUUUUGCUGGUUGUCGUCUAUGCAAUCAACAUUUACAUCAAUUGGGGUCAAUGAAAGAAAACAAAGAGAAUGGGGAUUUUGAACAAAAGAAGAAAAAUAUUUUAAAAUUAUUUGAUAAUAAUUCAAUUUUGAGUUUUUUACCUGAAUUUUACCGGAAGAGAAGUUUACUUGUUACUCCAAAUAUUCCAUUUCUUAGCAUUGUCUUGGGCGAAGAAUACCUCAGCGUAAACUACCCAAUUUUUGGUUGUGCUGCUUGUUCUAUCCCUCGUAGCCAAUUUAGCUCUCAUUAUGCUUCACACAAUAUUUUGGAUGAAUCCACGCCUUAUAAUUUUAUAGCAAGAUGUCCGAACUGGCAGAGAGGGUGCUCAUUUAAAAUGAAUACUUUAACACCACUUAAAGGAAAUGGAGUGUUUAGGUAUAAUUCUUUCUUGUCUGCGUGUGUAUAUGAACCAAUGCCUAAUUUGCCUAUUUUGAUGUGCGUGCCAUCAGCCUCAUCCUCGGGUUUUUUCCUUGCCGAAAUGCCUUCACAUUUUUAUUUGCUCAUUGCAAGAUGGAUGGAUGAUGCUUCUCUUCGAACAUUAUCUGUUACUUGUAGUAGAAUGUAUCAAUUAUUACCCAAAUUAUUGCCCCAUCGUUUAUGUGUUGAAAUAAAAUGGAAAAAGAAACGAGUUUUCGGAGAUGGAUUUGUUGGUAAUAGAUUUGUUGAAGACGGAUUUUACGAGAGUUUCUCAGCUGUCCAAGGCUCAAUACCUUCACUAAUUGUUCAACCUCAAGGACCAAUAAUUGAUCAUUUACAAAAUUGUGACUAUCGAGAUGUUUAUGACUUGGGAAUUGAACCGAUUGAAUUGAAAAAAGUCCACGGAUCAUUUGUUUCGGCCAAUUAAUAUCCAAAUGAAAUUUACAUAUUAAAUUAAGAAAAUAAUGUUGUGCAAUAUUUAAUGUCAU